UUUCGUGGCCCGUCGUCUUUGUACAGUAGCGCAGAAUGUUACAGUAGUGCGGUUUUGCUCUGCGCACAGUAAGCCUAUUAGCAGUGGAACAACUAACGGUCGUUUUUUCCCUGAAGUUUCUUACCCCUUGAUGGUAGCGUGAGUCACUCAUCCAAACAAUCAGAUAGCAGCCUGGCAGCAAAAGAGGAACACCCUAUACAUGUACACUGUUCCCUCAUUUAAAGUUUUGAUUUUCUACAUUGAUAAUUUUGCCUGCUAACUGCUAUAUGAACUCGGGUAUAAGAGGCAGGUCUGGAACCAUGACGUCUUACAAGUUACUCUACUUUGAUUAUACACGCGGUAGGGCGGAGGCAACUCGAAUGCUCUUUGCCGUUGCCAACAAGGAACUUGAAGAAGUCCGAAUAACGAAGGAAGAAUGGCCGAAGAUUAAACCAACCACUCCUCAAGGUCAUGUUCCCGUGCUGGAGAUUGACGGGAAACAACUUCCUCAGAGCAACGCAAUCGAGUCAUACGUGGCGAGAGAAUUCGGACUGUACGGUUCUGAUAACUGGGAAGCAGCUCAAAUAGAUGUAGUUCGAGAAACCACGAAGGAUUUGAUACAACCCAUGAUUAUGCCGGUACUUUUUGAACAGGACGAAGAGAAACAGGCCAUAAAUUCCAAAGAGUACUACGAGACAACUGCGCCCCCGAUUUUAAAGAUUCUUCACGAUCUUCUUGUAAGGAACAAUGAGGGCACUGGGUACUUCGUCGGAAAUACGGCUACACUUGCUGACGUCAUUUUCUUCGUCACCAUGGAGUGGUUCGAAGCGCCCCCUUAUGCCGACAAGGGAUUGGAAAACUAUCCGAUGCUGGUGGGACUGAGAGAUCGUUUAGCAGCAAACGAACUCGCUAAGCAUCUUAAAGAGCGUCCAAGCUUGCUGGAUUCACGAUUAAAAUAAGGACAAGCCACAGCUGGGUCGGGGUGCUUUCUGUGCAUAAUUUUUGCUCGACUUGUAAAAUGUUACAAAUUAAAAUCGCCUUACUGUGUUUUAAAGGCAGUGGACACUAUUGGUAAU